UUGUGCACAUCAGGAGGAAAGGAGAGCGGAGGGGAGGGGGGCAGCAGGCUCUUAAUAAAUAAAGCCCCCUCUUGCAGCUGCAUGCAAAAAACAUUCCCUUCAUUUCAUGACGUCCUGUAUGUCGUUUGUUGGAGAGCUGGUGUACAAUUGCAAAUCCCGCAUCGAAGAGUGAGGAGGAGAGCGAACCGGUCCGAGGAGGUGAACGGGUUUGGCUGGGCCUGGCUGUGACGUAGCAGACGCUAGGCUCCGCUACAUGUAUGUGGGGGUUAAAUGACCGCUAGUGACCUCAAAGCAAAUGCUUUGUUUUUGCACGCUUAGCAUCGCACUGGAGCUUUUUUUUCUUUAAAAAAAAUGCACCCCCAAUAAAGCUACUCUCGGCCGGGGAGUUCCAUUUUGCUAAAUCGCGGAAUCGGAGCUGUCAUUAGCACGGCUAGGCUAAUUUAUCCCCCUCCUAGCCAGCUCGAGCUAACCACAAGCUAGGCUAUUAGCUUCGUCUGCUAAUGGAUAAAGCCAAGUCAAUGGUGGACAAGAAGGGGGCGUCAGGACCCUUCCAUGCCGGUCAGAGGAGCUGCAACGGGCACGUCAACGGGUGCGGCAAUCCCGGGCUAGCUUCGGCGAGCGGACUGGAGAACAACCACCACCACCACCAUCAUGUCCACCGCGGCGCGGCGGACGCUGAGUGCAACGGUUCGCCGGCCAAGAGGAGCCGGCUCCGGAGGAGGACGGAGUCCAUGAGACGGCACAGACCCCCGUUCCCCUGGUUUGGGAUGGACAUAGGAGGCACGCUGGUCAAGCUGGUGUAUUUCGAGCCGGUCGAUAUAACGGCAGAAGAAGAGCAGGAGGAAGUGGAAAACCUCAAAUCCAUCCGCCGCUACCUCACCUCAAACGUGGCCUAUGGUAAGACCGGCGUGCGCGACGUCCACCUGGAGCUGAGGAACCUGACCAUGUGCGGCCGCACGGGAAACCUGCACUUCAUCCGCUUCCCCACGCAGGCAAUGCCCCGCUUCAUCCAGAUGGGCCACGACAAGAACUUCUCCAGCCUGCACACCACACUCUGUGCAACCGGCGGCGGAGCGUACAAGUUUGAGAACGACUUCCGCACCAUGGCCGAGCUGGAGCUGCUGAAGCUGGACGAGCUGGACUGCCUGAUCCGGGGCCUGCUGUUCGUCGACCGGGUGGGCUUCAACGGCCACCCGGAGUGCUACUACUUCCAGAACCCCUCGGACACGCAGAGCUGCGUCAAGCAGCCGUGCACGCUGGACAACCCCUUCCCCAUGCUGCUGGUCAACAUCGGCUCCGGGGUGUCCAUCCUGGCUGUGUACUCCGAAGACAACUACAAGCGGGUGACCGGCACCAGUCUGGGAGGUGGUACAUUCCUUGGCCUUUGCUGCCUAUUGACCGGCUGCGAGACGUUCGAGGAGGCUCUGGAGAUGGCCAGCAAAGGCGACUCCACCAACGUGGACAAGCUGGUGAAGGACAUUUACGGGGGGGACUACGAGCGCUUCGGCCUGCAGGGUUCCGCCGUGGCGUCGAGUUUUGGUCACAUGAUGAGCAAAGAGAAGCGCGACACCAUCAGCAAGGAGGACCUGGCCCGUGCCACCUUGGUCACCAUCACUAACAACAUCGGCUCCAUAGCGCGCAUGUGUGCCGUCAACGAGAAAAUUGAACGUGUGGUUUUUGUCGGCAACUUCCUACGUAUCAACACCGUGUCCACCAAACUGCUGGCCUACGCCAUGGACUUCUGGUCCAAGGGACAACUACGAGCGCUCUUCCUGGAGCAUGAGGGUUACUUUGGAGCCGUGGGUGCAUUGAUGGAGCUGCUCAAGACGACAGAGGACCCGUGAGUCAUCCGUAUGUCACCCCCUCCCUCAACGCUGUGAUGUCAUCAACUCUCGAUGCUGCUGCCGCCGCUCAAUCUGAGCGGCUGCUAAAGGAACUACCAAGACACACUUGGAAAGUGGGAAAAGCCAUUGGGAUCGUGUGUAAAUAGCAAAAACGCUAAUAUUCCCACUUGGUAGUAGAGGUUCGAAUAUUCUAAUCACUAAUUUAUGCUAAUUAACUCUGUCCUUGCCUGGUAAGCCUCCCUGGAACAGAAUGUGUUUUUAACAAUGUGUGACGAGCUACUGUAGCAGCACGCCCUCAAGACGCCGCCACCUGUGUGUGUGUUUAAAUAACUGUGCAUUUUCACAUGCACCAGGAACUCAAACAGCAGUCCUCCAUAGGAGACGCCAACGCUGCUCCCUUCAGGGGUAAUAGGAAACUGCACAUGGCCUUUCCGUUCUUGUCUUUUCCCGACCGCCUGCACAGGACCAACACUUUGUCUUCCGGGCUUCACGUUCACAUUUUUUUGUACUUCAUCACCUCUUCGCUGCCUUGUCGUUUUGUUUUCCUUCUCCACCGCAAUGCCCCUUAAAACACUGGAAUGAAUGGUGCCAUCCCCGGACCAAGACCCCACACCCACCCCACACCCUCUUGUAAAGUGCAAGUAUGACAAAUAGGACUUGAUCGAGUUCAACUGUCGCUGUAGAGUUCUACAGGCUGUUUAAAGGAACAUGGACCAAGAUGCACGUGAGCAGAUCAUGAAUCUGCCAACCCUCGGUUAACCUCGUGAUCCAAAAUGCAACAGGCGCCUUUUGUCACACUUUGUGCCAUCGCCUCUACACCCUACUUCUUCACUUCAGUACCUCUGAGCUACACACUGGAGUCAGCUGGCGUCCAAUUCAAGAUCCCCUGUUACACUAAGUGUCAGAGGUCCCACAGCAAUGUAGUGUAUUGGAAGAGUGCGGACCAAAAUCUAGGUGUUGCUGGAAUUUAAACUGUUUUAAAAGUGCUUUUAGUCAGCCCUACUAUUUGAACACACUGUUUUGUGUGUCUGUAGCUUUAACGCUAACGAGCACGCCUACAGAGUGUGUGUCUCCAAGAAGCGCCAUUUUGCACUUUAUCCACUUUUUUUUUUUUUUUUUUUUUUUUACAUAUAGCGUACAGUGGAACCUUUGUUUUUGUCAUGAAUCCCUUCCAAAAGGACCUGACGAAAACCGACACGCACAAAAACCGAGGCAAUUUUUUCCAUGGGAAAUCAUGUAAAUCUAAUGAAACCGUUCCGGACACACAUAAAUAUGAACAAAAACGUAUUUUGUAGGAGAGGGGAGAACAACCAACUUAUUAGGAGCGAGAAAGGAGACGAUACAGAGUUAUUCAUCUUUCCUUUUGCGUUCUGUGAACAGAUAAACCACACACACAUAUAAUAAGGGUGAUGACAGGAUUACCUGACUGGAAUCUGUCUCUAGCAGGGGUGUCCAAAGUGCGCCCCGGGGGCCAUUUGCAGCCCGCAGCUGUGAUUUUAUCGGCCCGUAGCAAAGUCUAAAAAUGUAAUUUAACAAGAAUACUAAAAAAAAAAAAAAAAAAAAAAACCACCAACAGCAAAAACGGGAAAGUGAAAGUAUUAAUUUAAGAAAUAUCAUUUUAGUAGCAUGAAGUUGAAAUAUUAAAGAAAAAAAGUUUUUGUUUUUUUUUAAAGUAAAAAACAAUGAAUAAAGUUAGAAACUUAAAUUGAGGGAAAAUUGGGACAAACAUGGGAAUAAAGUCAAAAUAUUAGGAGAAGAAAAUACACAGGAAGAAAGUUGAGAUAUCUGCAAAAAAAAAAAAAAUCAACAGCAGAAAUGGGAAAAGAAAAGAAAUUUUACCAGAGUAAAGUCAAAAUAUUAAGAGAAAAAAAAUCGUUUUCGAAAAAGAAAAAAGUUGCAAUUUUAUGAGAAUAAACUUGUAAAAUGAAGAAAAAUAUAUUUUAGUAACAAUGUUGAAAUAAAGAAAAAAUACUUAAAAAAAAAAAAAAAGAUAUAAAGUUAAAAUUACAAGAAGAAAAUUUACAAGAGGGAAGCUGAAAUGAAACAGUUGGGAUAUAUUAAAAAACAAAAUGGAAAAAACUGAUGUAAUUUGACAGGAAUAAAGUCAAAAUAUUAAGAAUAAAAGUCAUCAUCAAAUGAAGCACAAAAGUCACAAUUUUACAAGAAUAAAGUCAUUAUUAUGGGAAAAAACGUCAUUUUUAGUAGCAUUUCACCUAUACUGAAAAAGCUGAAAUUUUCCUUGAGCUACAGAUACCUGUAGCUUCUUAGCAUAUCUCUAUGUGUUGGUUUGCAAAAUACCAAAGUGGCCUUUGCAUCCUUUCAUUUUUCAGAAUGCGGCCCUCGAUGGAGAAAGUUUGGACACCCCUGCUCUAUCGUGUCCCAGCUCUAAAACAACCACUCUCCAUUCGUCACGAAGUCACCAACGUGUGGAUGCUUUGCUCGGGCACUUGAUUCCGCGGAAUGAUACGCGGUGAAACGGACUAGUUUGUUAGGCACACGGUACAAUAACCGACACGUAUUUUUGUCAGUAAUUUUCAUCAAAUACGUGGGUUCCACUGUGCACUCUUAACAUUUGCCCAACAUAAAUUUUAACAGCAGCAACAUGCUAGGUCAACCUUAGGCUGAAUCACACUGUUGACUUGGAGAACAUCCCUUCGGUUUAGCGCGCAUCCUGUUUAGUGUAGGGUAAUUUGUCCACAAAAUGAAAGGCACCUCUUUAUUUGCUGGUGUACUCAUUUUGGCUCAAACGGAAAGAGGAGUGGAGAAACGGACCACGUUUUCAAAGCUGUCAACUGAUUAGGACCAGUGAAAGCAAGCUGCAGUUGUGAAAGCCCUCGAUUCGGUGUAUUCCCCCCCCACAACAACCGAGCGUGUGCGUGUUCAGGGCUGCCGUUCGGUGGCUUUUUCACCCCCCAUUUGACUCCUCGCCCUGCCCGCUCCACAGCAUCGCAACUUCCGGGUCUAUCCCGGUCUACUGUCUAGCUGUGACGUUAACCUUUUGUCUUUGGUGCUUUUUAGACGUGUUGUUUAUGUGCGGUUUUUGCCUCGGCGGAGGGGCGGCCUUGACCCGCAAGGGUGCUCACACCCCCCAACCGCCACCCUUGCCCGCUUUUGUUUGUCUUGAUGCCUCCGUGUCCUCUCAAAGUGUCUUCUCCGUUACUAUGUUGUUUGUUUUACUUUUGUCUUUUUACCAGAAGCCCUCUGCUGUGUCGCCUCAACAACCUACACGAUACUGUAUAUAAAAACCUUUUUUAUGUUCUUGGUGGUUUACAUGUUCUCUCAAAGGCCUUCCCCCCCCCUAAAGCAUUUUAAAACUGAAACCACCCCUUUUAAAAUCCACUAUGUACUAUUUAUUGUUAUUACGACAUCUGCAAAAAUGUUAAAGUCUCUCACAAGGUACGCCUGCACCAGCUAAUAAGAUCCAAUACAAAGAAUAACAAUACUUACUUUUAUUUUUACUAAUUUAUUGUUGUAUUGGAUCGCAUUAGAUUGUGCAAGUCCUGGUAAUAUGACGACUGAGGCUGCUGAGCGUGUGUGAGAUGUGUUUUUAAAGGUUAUUUAAAUUGUAUUGUUAUGAUGAAAUUUAUGCAAAUGAAUCACCUGUGGCGAUAUAUGUGUCCACAUUUCCACAACAGAGGGAUAAUAUACCGGACGGUCUCAUAUGUUGGGCCUAAUCCAUCAACAUUUUUGACUAUAAUGUGUUGGUUUUUUGGCAUUAAAUACCGGGACUCAUAACAAUGUCAGCAGCCAAAGCGACAAACUUUGUAUGCGUUUUCAUUUAAAAAUGGUCCCUUAUGUUACAUUUAGUGUUCCCUCGUUUAUCGCGGGGAAUAGGUUCCCCCCCAAAAAAGCCCACAAUAAGUGAAAUCCACAAAGUAGCCAACUUAAUUUUUUACAACGACUAUAUAUAUUUUAAGGCUGUAAAACCCCUCACCUUACACUUAAUACGCUUCUCUCAGACAGGCAUUAACAUUUGAUCACAUUUCUCUCAUUUUUAAAACACUGUCGAAGAAGUUGAAACCUUCAUUUGAAAUGUAAUGAUCAACCUACAGGUAGGACACAAGGAAUUAUAAAGUCACUCACUGGUAUUUUUUCUCCUGUGACCGCGCCUUUUCGUCCUGGCACAGUUCCGCUGUAGUGUAGCAUUUUUGUAUCCUUGUUAAAACAUCGCUACAGUCCUCCUUUGAACCGAAGAUUUCCUAACAAGCUAGCAAGCAAGCAAGCUAGCUAGCGGCAAGGAGAUUGAUUGACAAUGGUGUACAGCCAAUCAGGACGCAGACGAGCGAGGGACGAAAGAGAUACUCAACUUCCCACGAUGCAAUUCUUCUUAAAGGGCCAGGCUCGGCCUGUAAUAGCGUUCAUACACUAAUAAAAAAAAGGAGAAAAGAAGCACUAAAAAAAUCAGUCAAACAGCGAAUCCGCAAAAGGUGAACCGCGAUAGCGAGUACCUUUUCCGUUAGGUUGGAGUCAUUUUAAGAGCAAUAGAGCAACACAAUCUCGGGCAAAUACAGUUCAAUUUAAAUGAACGACCAUCGAAUAUGAUGGCGACAUCGUCACUACAACAGGCAACUCAUUCGAUACUUUGUCAAAUUCAAUUACAUUUCUUCUAACAGCCUCAUUUUUUGCUUGCACAGUGGAACCUCGGUUAGCGUCCGUGUUUUUCGGUUAACGUUGAAAAUUUGCGCCACAAUUUUGCCUCAGUUUGCGUGUAGUCUCCGGUUAGCGCACAAUAUGGGGCGCGUCUUGUUGUGUUGUUAAGACACUGUGUGAAUCCAACUGUGUUCUUAACUCAAUCAAAGACGCGUCCAUUUCGGUUAGAGUCGGGCCUUCUGGAACAAAUUAAUGACGCUAACCAAGGUUCUGCUGUACUACUUUUUAAAACACUAUAAGAACUUGUUUAAGGAAGAAAUUUAUUUUGUUUUCUGCCUUGCCUGCGAUGACUUCCUCUGUUAGCGGCCGCGCUAACAAUUUUGCUACGAAUCCUGAGUCGUACACUAUGGAUACCAUGUCAAAUUCAAUUUGAUACUUUGUUACUUUGUUUUUAUUUUUCAUUUAAUACUUUUAAACCACACUGUAAGGACUUUGGAUGAUUUCUCUAUUAGCAAAAAUGCUAACAAUUUGCUAGCAAAGUGCCGGGACCAGAAUAAAAAUGACACAAUCUUGGCGAAAUACAUCUAAAAGUCAAUGUCAUACAUGGCCUUAUUUUUGGAAUUUACUACUUUUUAAAAGCACCCAGUAAGACCUGGUUUUGUCUUCGGUGAUUUCCCUGUUAGCCAAAAUGCUAACAAAAGUGCAGGGACCAUCGCUUCGAAUGCCAUCUCGUACAUCAACUCACUCAUUUGAUACUUUGUCAAAUUCAAUUUAAUGCCACCUUUUUACAAACUUAUUUGAUCAAUUUGCUACUUUUUAACAUUUUUUGAAACCUUGAGAGCGUUUUGUUGCCGGUCUGUGAUGAUUUGUGAGUUAGCAUCAAUGCUAACAAAGGUGCUGGGACCAUCCCUCGCUAUCGUCCACAUAAAGCUCGUCGUCUUGUUCCUCGGUCCGCCAAUGAAAGCCGUGUGUCCUGCUGAUGUAUUUAUAAACACUAUUGAAGGCGGACGGGAUGUUUUUGUGCUCUUUUAAACAGAAAUGCGACUGUGAAACGCGGAUAUCGCAUUUCAAGUAUCAGCGGUGACAUAAUACACACUGCGACCUUCUCACCUCCCGUGUUGCACAACUUUUUGUUUGUUUUACAGGCCUUUUCCUCAUUGGUUUUAUUUGAAUGGUGAUAGAACAUCCUUGUUGAUGGCCUUUUAACUGGAAUGCUAUUGUUUUUGUGUGUGUGUGUCGAUUGUACAGAGAUUUUGUAAAUAGUAAUAAUGAUCUAUUCUACACCAGCAAGCAGUCUGUUGAGUCGCUCGUUUGAAUGAUGAAUUCCAAACAUGUUCCCAAAGUAGACACUUUUGUUGGUGGAGAUUUGAUCUCAUUUGAUGAUCUUUUGUGAGGUUGUUUCCUGAAUUGUAAUUUUAAAAAAAACAUGUGAUCUCCGGUGUAAGAUAUUCAAUUAAAAUUUCAUUUUCGUGACUUUUCUGGACUGUGAAGACUUAUUUUCAAGUGUCGAAACUAAACUUUAGUGUCUGUGUUUGGGAAAGCUUGCGCUGGUUGUUGUUGCUGCUGCUGCUGCUUUUAACUCCCAAAAAAGGAAGAAAAGGUUAAAAAGAAAGAAGUUAAAAAAAUGAAAUGUAAGAAAACAGGCUCUGCCAAGUGCAAUGUGUAUGUAUUGAAAUGAAGGGUUUUUUUUCUAAAAAAAAAAAGGAAUAAAACAAACUGGAUGAGA